UUCCUCCAGCAGACGGAAUCAACUGAGUGGGAGGACCACGGUCGGACACUGUUUGAGACAGCUAUGACCCUAAAAUUGAAUCCCCGACGUCUAAAAAAGCUUCGCAAUGAUUACCUGGCUGCCAGGAGUCAAGAACAGGCAGAGCAGAUCGAAGUUCGGCGACUUCGGACUGAAAACGGGCUCCUUCUGCAGCGGUUGGCGCGUUUGGAGGAGGACAACACAUACCUAGCGAAGCAGUUGGUCGACUGCAACGUGGAACGUGCCCAGCUCUCUGAGGAGGUCUCGCGUCUUCGGGGCUCGUUGGCGCGACUGCGGGCAGCCCAGGAGGCCUCCCUCGCCACCCCGACCUCCUCUCCGCCCUCAGCUCCCGCGGGAGCCGAAAACGGGCACCACAGCGACGCCGCCGACGCCUCCGCGGUGCCGCCAACACCUCAACCGCCACCGCCACCCUUAAAAAUGACGCCGGUCGCCAACGGCAACCAGGUUGUCAUGACUGCAACUCCUUCUCCACGGAGUUCAGACAGAUGUGGCGGCGCCGGAGUUUCAGAGACCACAUCGGGUGCCGAGUCGUGGGCCUCAUUCUCACCAACGUCCAUCAGCCGCAGCUCCAAUGACCGUCUACUCAUGGAGACGAUUCAACAGUUGGAGACUGACCUCGUCCGUCUCCGUGUUCGAGAGACGGAAUACCAUUCUGCGUUGAGAGACGCAAAGGAACGAAAUCGCCUUCUGGAAGAGAAAUUGGAAGCCGCGAUCCGAGUGCCCGCAGAGCAGAUGGAGGUACUGCACAGCGAGCUGAUGAAGGUCAAACUGCGUGAGGCCGAGGGUCUGCUGAAGCAGAAGGAGCUCCGAGACCGCGUUGAAGAGAUUCAAACCCUCUGGGACAACCACCAGGCAUUAUCUGGAGCCAGUGGCGGCGGCGGCGGAAACUUCACCGGCAAAUCCGAGGUUGGUGGAGCGCAGGCGAGUGGGUUCUUGCGCACCAGUGCUGGUCUGAUCCACUCCAGACUGCUUGGUCGAGCUUCAGUGGUUGCGGUGACCGCAGACAGAGCACAGCACCUCUCCGAUCGCCUUCUGGAGACUAAACUCUUCGGCCAGAUCAGCGAGCUGCAGCAGAAGGUGAGCGAUCUGAACGAGAAGGUGGAACGGAGUGCCUUGCGUGAGGCUGCUCUCCGCGCUGAGCUCAAGGAGGCCGAGUGUCGGUGCGCCGACCUUGAAGCAAAGCGCAAAGCUGACGCGAUUCUCUGGCGCAUCCGGGAGAUCGAAUUGUCGUCACAGGUUGCGGAACUGAAGCAGCGCUACUCGGAGCUCGACUGCCUUCACGACGCCGAAAACGCCGCGAAUACCCUCCAAGGUCCGCCGACAGGGACAGCGCUGAGUGGUACCUCAUCCGUCGCGCCCACACCAGAGGUGGGCAGAGCUCGGUGCGGUGCCUUGAGAGCACCAAGGUGUCCCGAGGAUCGCCUCUCGGCCAUGUGGAAGGAUCUGCCCCCUGCCAUCAUGACGGAGUCGAUUGGGCCGCUCGAGGACCUGUGCAUACUCCCCGACGACCCCAUGAUCACCAGUAUUUACACGAAUGAGGAAAACGCUAAGUAG